UAACAGUUGUUUUGAUGAAUUUUGACUGAAUGCAAUGUUUGUAGCUAAGGAGUAUAAUUGGUUCAUUAGCUCUAAAAUCAUAUCUUAAUCAGAUGUGUUUUGCAAUGAGUUUAUACAGUGUGCAGUUUUAUGUGCUUAAAUUUAUUUCCAUUUAAGCAGGUCCUGAAUGUAUCUGUUGCUUGCAUGGCAGCUGUGGGAUAGAAGCAGCAUAUAGUGUUAAAGCUCUUCAUUUUUUGAUGAGUUGUUAAGGUUCUGUUCUACUCAAAGCUAGUCAGCUACAAGCCUAAUGUUGUGAACAGUUUAUUGCAGACCUCAGGUGCUGUGUGAUACUGGUCUACCUAGUAACAAGCAGAGUGUAGGAAGCUUCUCAAAAGAAAUUGUGGCUGUUGUCUUUCUUUCUGCCAAGAAUUUUCCAAAUGAUGUUUCAGAGGGAAUAGUCUGUCCUUUAAGAGCUUAAAACUGAAUAUAACUGCACAAAGUGUGGGAAAAGAAACAUGAACUCUCCACUUAUCAAAACAUGGUUCACAAGAGAAAUGUGAUAAUGGAUGAUACCUGACACUCUCAAGAACUGACUUCGGGAGAUUUCAGGUUAUCAUUGAAGUGACAGAGAUGUUGCACAAUGCAAGCCUCCUUGUGGAUGAUAUUGAAGAUAACUCAAAGCUACGACGGGGCUUUCCAGUGGCACACAGUAUCUAUGGAAUUCCAUCUGUAAUCAACUGUGCUAAUUAUGUUUAUUUUCUUGGCUUAGAGAAGGUUUUAACCCUUGAUCAUCCAGAUGCUGUCAAAGUUUUUACGCGUCAACUUCUGGAGCUCCAUAAAGGUCAAGGCUUGGAUAUUUACUGGAGGGACACGUACACCUGUCCUACAGAGGCUGAGUAUAAAGCCAUGGUACUGCAAAAGACAGGCGGGCUCUUCGGAUUAGCUGUAGGUCUCAUGCAGCUCUUCUCAAAUUAUAAAAAGGACCUAAAGCCGCUCCUUAACACCCUUGGUCUCUUCUUCCAAAUAAGAGAUGACUAUGCCAACUUGCACUCCAAAGAAUAUAGCGAGAACAAGAGUUUUUGUGAAGACUUAACUGAGGGCAAGUUCUCAUUCCCAACCAUUCAUGCAAUUUGGUCGAGACCUGAAAGUACUCAGGUGCAAAACAUUUUACGUCAAAGGACGGAGAACAUAGACAUAAAAAAAUACUGUGUACAUUACCUUGAAAAUGUUGGUUCCUUUGAGUACACUCGGAAUACAUUGAAACAGCUUGAAUCUGAAGCCUAUAAGCAAAUUGAAUCACUUGGGGGAAACCCUGAGCUUGUAGCACUAGUUCAACAGCUGAGCAAAAUGUUCAAAGAAACUGAAAAUUAAGAAAUUGACUUCUGUGUGUCUUUUGAAAACGGGAGAAUAACCAGAUGGAGAGUUGUGAUAAUCAGUCUUAUGUAAAACUUCCUCUUGUAAACAUGUUACAGAAAUUACUGUUAAAAAUAACUAGUCAUUGAGUUUUGAAAUAUAUACCCUAUUAUCUCUAAAAUCUUAACUGUAACUGCUUACAGUUGACUUUAAAGCAGAUGUACUAGAACUAAAACACGUUUUGAACCUAAGUGUAAUAGUCUUGACAGAAUCACAGGCAUUAUUUCAUACCUAAAACUCUCAUGCCCCUAACCAGGCUAUGAAAGUAUUUUGGUUGAAAUUCUGUGUUAAAUUAAAUCAGGUUGACAUGUGAAUAUUAUGCAUUUUAAACAACGCUCUUGUGAACCAAAAUUUGUGUUAAAAAAAAGAUGGUACUUCAACCACAAUGCACAUAAUAUUGUGUGAUAUUUCUAAGUUUGACUUGUGAAGAUCAAGGGGGUCAGUUUACUAUGUCCUAGAGUGAAUAUCCUAUCCAGCUUCUGUGGAUAUUUUCAGGGGAAUGUGAAUUAUGAAAGAUACUAUUUCAUAUGCAAAUAAGACAUGCUCAGUCUGAAAUUGUGACUUGAUAAAGGUUUUGCAGUACCUUAGAGAAAAGAUUUCAUCACACCAACGAAGUGUAAAUUUGCUGCUGAUUCCAGCUCUGUGAGUAAUUUUGCUCACCUGGUUUUAGAUUUUGAAAUUGUCAAACAUUCUGUAGCCAGAAACUUAAAUCUAUGCAUUAGAGCUCAUAUAUGUAACUGCAAAUAGCAGCAUAAUGAGCUGCUAUUAGAAAUGGAAAGGGAUUCAUACCAGGUAACUUGAGGACACCAUAAUUGGCGCUGGUCUCUUUAAUCUCUGCUUAUAAUUGAGGGGCUUCUCCAAGACUUUAUUCAUAAUUCAUAUUUCAUUCCUGUCCUGAAUUGCUGUCUGGAGGCAUGUUCUGUAUCUCUCCAAAGAGACAAGAGCUGUAAUUUUUUUCUUAAAACAAAGUACAGUAUCUUGUUUUACAAGCUACAAUACCACUUCAGUUUUGUUAAUUGCUUAAAUAGAGCUUUAAAAUUAUAGACAUACCAAAAUAGAACUGGGACUGAGAGCAAGAUUUAGGGGUAGGGCUGAUAAGUAACAAAGUUCUCUGCUCAGAGAUAUAUAUAAAAUAUAAAUAUAUAUAUAUAAAUGUUAAUAAAAUGUAAGCAGAGAUGUUUGGUUUUUUCUUCCCUGGGCUGGCUUUAAUCAGGUUCAGUUCCCUUAGUAUUCACAGGUAUAUUAAGCUUUGCCUUGGGGUAGCAAGGUAAUGGUUUGGAUCAAAGGUAGGACUGGUGCUAUUAACUGUGGUGUUAGCUCAAGCAUACUCUGAAAUGGACAGAGGUGCUUGGCUUCUGAUGGCUAAAGGAUAGUUUUAUGCAGGUGUUCAUUUACUGCACCUGGAAAACAGGGAGAGCUAUGAUGUUGGCUCACUGAGAAAACUAACUGAAGAAGGUUGCUGUAAUGUCUUCCCUGGGCAGCCUUAAUAUCUUUCUGAAAGUGAUCAAACAUGGCAAAAUUGGGGAUGACUACUUUCAGGCUGAAAUAUUAUGUAGUUAUGGAUGAUAGCCUGUCCCUUUUAUCUGCAUGCUGAGGAGAAAUCUUUGAUUAGACACUGAAUAAUAGGCUUUUCACUGAAUGGAAUUGGUUGCGAGGACUGAAUAGCUUAAAGUUGGUGAAAGGUGUCUUUAAUGUUAAUCAAAGAGAAUUGUUAUUCCUUUUUCAUAACUUGCAGUCCUUAGUAAGCCUGCGAGUUUUUAAUGUGUUAUGUGAAAAUACUGUCUGCAGCAAAUUACAUUUAUUUUGUACCAUGUCUUGGAAGUUUCUAAGCACUGUUGCAGUUAAUGUUGAAUAGGGGAAAGCAUUGAAAAGAUUAUUGUUGUCAGGAGAAUCUCCUAAUCUUACUGUGAAAUGUAUCCUUGUGCCUGUUAGGAUGUUGUAACUGCAACACAAUGCAAAGUGCACUUAGUGCCAUUUCAUUUCUGUUCUGUUGCUGGAUGUAAACAGUUCUGUACAAUCAGACUUCCAUAAUGAAGUAGCUUUUCUUACUGUUUGUAUAAAGCUUUUCUACCAUCUGAGAUUUCUGCUAUGUCAUUGCUCCUUUUUUUCAUUCUGGCAAUUCACCCCAGUAUUUAUUCUAAUUCUAUAUCUUGUGGCAUGUGCCAUCAUUAGGAGUAGGUACAUGGAUGUUUUCCAGUUGCAGACCAUUUUAACCACAAAUGGGUAAGAAGGGAACAGUUGGUCCAGCUUUCUUUUCCCAGGUUACAAGAGGCCAUGCAGCUCCCUCUUCUGCCUUCAAGGCGUUUGAUGGCAGCAUUCAAAGCAUGUGCUGAAGGCAUAUCUGGAAAGGCCCACAUUGUUGCUCUUCACUUAGGAUAAACAGGAUUGUGAGAGCUGUUCUUGAUGUAUUUGGGAGUUGGAAGAGGCUGGGAUAUUUCCCCUUCAUCUGCUAAGCUGGUAUAGCAUCUUUAAAUACUAAAUGCCAGUAGUAAUGAUGUCCCUUAGUCAAGGUAGAUUUUAUUAUUGGUGCCAUAAGAUCAGUCUGUGCAUUUUCAUCUAUAUCCUCCAAGGUUAUCACUGGUUAAGUGUUAACUUAACAAUGUUAUCACUAUUAAAUGAUGCUCCUGAGGUUAAGCAGUGUUAAGAAAAACCCUUCAUUAAAGCAGCAUGGGAGUUCUUGUGACUGCACAAUUAGUUGUGUGAGUGCCCCUCUGUUGCUAUGCCUCCCACAACACAGGGAGUAGGGGUUUUUCCUGAUCUUCAUAAAAUAUGCACUGUUGUAGAAUGGCAGUGCAAGUUGCAAGUGGAGAUGCCCACAGGGAAAGAAAGGGGAUGCUGGUUUCAAUGUCAGUCUCUUUGAGCCAGAAUCAUUCCCCUUAUGUUCCUACCAUUGCCAGCAAGUUGCACUUUGAUCAGGUUAUCAGUGCAUUUCCUGGGGAUUUAGUUCUUGCAGUUCAUAUUAAGAGAAAUGCAAAUACUCAUCAGUCUGGAGCAUUCCCCACUACCUCAGUCUGUUUUCUGAUUUUGUGUUUGCUUGGUUGUAAAUGAGUACUGUCAUCUGUCUUAGAGUAGCCAGCCAUUGGAUGGGACGUUGGUCUUUGCUUUUUCAUAGGCUUAUGUUUAUACAUAUACCUCAUCAAUUAUGAUGAAAAUUACAUGAUUUCAAGACCUUCCUGAGAAGAUAGCUUUCUCCUCUGCUUUUGAACUCAGGCUGUUCAGGUACCCACUCAGAGCAACUUUGUAUGUAUCAGACAGUUCUUGAUAUAAACAACAUAGAAAUGUUAAUGGGAAAAAAAAAUGUUGGCUGUUCUUUGUUUCUGCUUUUUUGUUCAUUUUGCUAAUCUGGCUGCAUGUGCUAUGGAAAUUUCCUAUAUUAAUUUCUGUUUUCCUCAAUUAUUGUUAAAAUGCUAGUAAGGUAUAAAAAUGUGGGGUUUGUGAGAUGGUUUGCAUUUCUAAUGUAAAAAUUGGUUUGAACUUUAAUAUGCCUUUACCACUGAAUUGCAUCAGGCUUUUAUUCAUGUGCAAAGAGCCAUGUGGGCAUCUGUUGCUCUACUUUGUCUCAUCUUCAUCAUUUUACAUUUCAGGUUUGGUAUUUACUAUGCUCUUUGUAUUAUUUGCUUAGUACUUCCACUGUAAUUCUUCUUUCAGCUAUAUUUCUAUUCUGCUGUUAAUACCAAGCACACAUAAUACCAUCAAACUCAGUUUUGAUCCUGGACAAACAUACUAGUCUGGGUCUGCUUUUGAAAUGUUGACUCUUGGCUCAUAAUUUGUCUUCACAAAAGUAAUCUAAGAUUGAUCCAAGAUUUUCUGCAAUCUUGAAAUGCCUGAAACUUUCUUUCCAGGAAGCUGGAGCCUGUAACAUCUUAUAUGACCAUAAAUUAUUUUUGUCUCAUGUAGGUUGAGCUACUUUCCUUGCCCUACCUGUUUGCUUUCAAGAUCCAUUUUGCUUUGGUGGUAAUACCUGUUAGGUCUUUUUAUGAAUGAACUUAACUCACUAGCCCUGAGAGAGGGAAGUUAGUUUUUGUCCAGGUUAAUGAAUUAUCCCACUCAGCAAGAGCCUGAUGAAUGCCAGAACUGGCAGGUGGACAAAGGCCAAGGAAAGGACUUCAGAAUAAGAAAACUCAUUUUGGCCUCCUAAGGCUGCCUCAUGUAAUUUUGCCUUCUUUACAGAAUUUAUUUGGCUUAGUUAGGAAAAGCUAAAGUGUGUGGUUAGUUUCCCUGAGCAUCCCAAAUAGACUGAGAGAGAUACUUUAGUUAAAAAUUAUUUAUUCUGACAAUUAUUUAUGUAACUUACAUAUAUCAUCUAAAGAUUUUAUUAAAGGUACAGAUAAAGGAAUGAAACAAUGUA